AUGUACUGCCUACAUGGGGCCUACAUGAGCGCUGCCUUACAUGUCAUGUACUCUGGCGCAUGUGCGUACGUACAGGAACCGUCACAGCGCAUGGGAGGCUCCGGACUCGCGCACCGUCUCCGAGAACAAGGUUUCCGCUACGAGGUACCGCCCAGGCUGCCGUUCUCCAAAUCCCGGGAUGCUCAUCUCGCCUACCUGGACCUUCUUCGUCACACUUUCGUCUUUUGGCCUCACACCACUUCUCGCAACGCUCGCAACAAGGCUUUUCCCACGCCGCCGUCGGGCUUCGCAAAUCCUGUCCGCUUCCGCCUGGAUACUGACUUGAUCCGUCUCUUGCCUGCCCUACCUCAUCGUCCGUCUAUUUGCCCCUCUUGGCCCUGCCGUUCGGUUCAUUCCGGUGCACUCGACGUGGUUUCAUUCUAUUCUUCCCGACUCCCCUCUUCUGCGGCAUCCAACAUUCACCCAGACUUUGGCCCAGCUGCCCUCGCCACCCUCGUUCUCGGCCAACCUCUCCUCCGAAACGGUCGGCAGCUCGUCCGACAGCUCCUACUCCAGCUCGCCAUCGCCCUCGUCACCAUCCACCUCCCCCAGCAGCAAGGCAAAGGGCAAGGCAAAGGCCGUAGCGCUCGACAGCCGCCGUCCAAGUCUCUUGAGUACGCCCGCCUCUCCGCCUCGUCCUCGUCCUCUAGCAGUGCAUGCCAUGGCCGGUCAAGGGAGCUUGCCAGCCCGGCUCUCUCUAAGCAGGAGUCCACAGUUAUCAACAUUGGGUCGCCUGAUGGCCCUCCUCGACUCAUCACCUACCUAUCCUCGGCCCAAGGCUUCAUGUGGAACCCCGAAAUCUUCCUUCCCUCAUACAUCGACUGCGACUACGUUCCUCUGGAAAACAGGCGAGACCCCGUACACGAGAUCCACCUCUCGGACGAGGAGAUGAAGAAUAUGCUUCCGCACUGA